CACAUCACGUCUCACGCGCCUCUCUGCCUGGAGGACGAAAUCAUCGCAAAUUGAUGGAAUAUUCCAAGCGCGUUUAUCGGUUUGGUUCAUAGGGGUCAACUUUCAUGUUAAGGAAACUUGUUGGAUUAUUGGGGCUCAGAUGGAUAUCGUGACUAAGGUGAGGACCUUGGGUUAUCGCUUUUAAGCGGCUCCAAUAAUUUGACAAAAUACACCUAGAAAUAGCAGCUCUCUAAAUAUCGUUUGAAGUCGCGAGGAAGGUAUCCCUGAUUGAACUGUUGAAUCAUUUAAGCUAUUUUCCGCUACAACAUUUGCUUAUUUAUUGACAUUAGGCUAUAGAUAAUGUAUAUUAUUCCACAAAUAUUUGGUGAACAAAAGCCACAUGCCUGCCUAUCCCAAAUUUAUAAUCCCAAAUUUAGAGAGAUGUUUUGAGAUUGCGAACAGAGUCUUUAGGGAAGUGUAGCCUAUAGCAGGUGGUUUUAUUCAAGGAAAAUCUCUGUCUGUCGCGCACAUUGGACUUGUUGAAGCAGAGAAGCAACUGUCCACGGGACGACUAGUUGGAUAAAUGAGUCGUAUCACAAGGACUGACAUGAGAACGAACUGUGAUACGUCACCGUGUGAUUGUUUAUUUUGCUUCGGGAUAUAAUAACGGAAAAACACAAACCAACGGAAUAACCAACCGUCUCUCCAUCUAAAUCUAUGAUCAGCUCGGUGUGUGUCUCGUCUUACCGAGGACGCAAGUCAGGUAACAAACCUCCGUCUAAGACAUGUCAGAAGGAAGAAAUGAUCAGGGGCGAAGACUCGGAAAAAAUUGUUAUCAAUGUUGGUGGCACAAGACACGAAACCUACAAGAGCACACUUAGGACCCUACCAGGGACGCGCCUGGCCUGGUUAGCCGACCCGCCAGAGCCGAACCCAGACAAGGACUCCCUCCCCGUAGGACCCAUAUCUCCAACUACAAACGAGUUAUUUUUCGACAGGCACCCUGGCAUAUUCGCUUAUGUGUUGAACUAUUACAGGACUGGCAAGCUUCAUUGCCCCGCCGAUGUCUGCGGGCCUCUUUUUGAAGAGGAGUUGGCGUUUUGGGGGAUAGAUGAGACCGACGUGGAGCCGUGUUGCUGGAUGACAUAUCGACAGCACCGAGACGCAGAGGAGGCACUGGACAUAUUCGAACCACCGGACCCAGAUGACACGGACGAUGAACUACCCAGACGGUUCGGCAUCGAGGACUGCCCGGACAGAUCGAGGGGAUGCUGCGAAGUUUGGCAACCAAAGAUAUGGGCUCUCUUUGAGGACCCAUACUCAUCCAGGGCUGCUAGAGGCAUAGCGUUUGCCUCCCUCUUCUUCAUUCUGGUUUCCAUCACUACGUUCUGUCUGGAGACCCACGAGUACUUCAACGACCUGCAGAACCGCACGGAACAUGUGGUGGUGGGGAACCACACAGAGGAGGUAGUCUCAGUGGAGGUGGUGACCAAGCCCAUUCUGACCGUGGUGGAGGGCGUUUGUGUGGUCUGGUUCACCUUGGAGUUCUUCGUCCGCAUCGUGUGCUGCCCCGACAAGCUGCUCUUCAUCAAGAACAUGUUAAAUGUCAUUGACUUCGUGGCUAUCCUGCCCUUCUAUCUGGAGAUGAGCCUCAGCGGUCUAUCCUCUAAAGCAGCCUCCGACAUCCUGGGGUUUCUACGAGUAGUCCGCUUCGUCCGGAUCCUCCGGAUCUUCAAGCUGACCAGGCAUUUUGUCGGUCUGAGGGUUCUCGGCCACACAUUAAAAGCCAGCGUCAACGAGUUCUGCCUGCUUAUCGUCUUCCUGGCAUUGGGCGUCCUCAUCUUCGCCACAAUGAUCUACUACGCAGAGCGGAUAGGGGCCCAACCGGAUGACCCCCGCGGCUCUAAACACACCCACUUCAAGAAUAUCCCUAUCUCCUUCUGGUGGGCCGUGGUCACCAUGACUACCCUGGGCUACGGGGACAUGUACCCCCAGACGUGGCUGGGCAUGAUGGUGGGCGCUCUGUGCGCCCUGGCGGGGGUACUGACCAUCGCCAUGCCCGUGCCUGUUAUUGUCAAUAACUUUGGGAUGUACUACUCCCUGGCCAUGGCUAAACAGAAGCUGCCUAAGAAGAAAAAGGCGCACAACCCGAACCCGGACGCUCCCACGGACACGGCCUCGUUCGGGAAGUCCGUCACUAACUCUCCCAGGGACAGUACUCAGAGUGAUACGUGUCCGCUGGCUGCAGAGGAGAAUAUCAACAGGAACCGCUCAGACUCCAAGCAGAACGGAGACGCCAACUUGGCUGUGUCGUCGGAUGAUGGCUGCAGCCUGACCCAGCCCCUGUCACCCAGCGAGAGGUGGAACCUACGGCACGGCCACGGCCGCAAACACGCCCGGUCGGUCAGGGGGAACAACGUCACCAAGAAAGAGGCAACCUGCUUCCUGCUCACCUCUGGAGACUUCUCCUGCGCCGGUGGAGAGCACACCAUACGCACUGAGAGCUGUAAAGACAUCCUGGCAGCUACUGGGAACUACGCCCAACCAGAAAUCACCACUCUGACCUGAUUUAAACGGAUUGGUCGAUGAAGGACAAUUGGUUGUGAACCAGGAUGCAGCACUGAAGGACAUGGGGUGGAGCUUCAGGUCUAGGCCCCUUCCUCCUAACUGAUAUGAAGGUCCGGGUCCUUCCGGAAGGUUCUGGAAGAAGAACUUUUGUCUUUCUGUCAAGUACACAGUACCCAAAACUCUGUUGUGGAAUACUUAUAUCUGAUGCUGUAGGAGGUAUAGUUAUGUAUGUACACACAUCUGUCUGUUUCCAAGUAUUUAGCAUGUAUUGUAUUGUAUGAUUUAGCACUAUAUAAUGUACCUUGAAAGAAAAUAACAUCAGUGAACUUAAUAUUAAGGGACACAUCUAAAGUUGAGGAGCUUUUUUUGAAUAUCUGAAGUAACUCCUCUGAUGGAAAUACUUUGAGUUUCAAUCAAGCAGCAAUAUUUACAAAUGGCGUUUUCAAGAAAUUGCUACUAUGGCUUGAAGGAUUCGGUUUUUAAAGUUAGCAAUACAGUAUAUGAUCAGUUCAUAGUCCUUGUGGAGAAGAACAACGUUUGAUGUUUCUGUAAAAAAAUGCUACAGUCUUUUAUCAAUGAAGCGUAAUUGGUAAAACAUUGACUGACUAAAAUACAACAGAAAUGUGGAGUUGCAUUGUGUAAAAAAAUGACUGUGAGCAAACUACAGUAGGAUUGGAACUAGGAGUCAUUGUUCCCAACAUGUCCAGCUCUGUUUUGAUUAAAUAAAGGUUCAAACAGGUGUCAGGCCAGUAAACAGACAGGCUGUAGUCAAGCAGCGGCAAUGCGACUAUGAAAGCUCGCGCUACUUUCCUUUCACAAACAAAGUAUCUUUCAAAAAACCUUAUAGAAAUAAUAAAAAUGUAUUUCUAUUACAGUACGUAAACAGUUGUGUUUCAGGAAGAGGAGAGUCAACGCGCAGACAACGGUAGCAGUAGCAGGAUGAGACUGUUAUAGCUCACGCUAACGUUAACGCUAAUGUUCACAAACAGUGUCUUUAAGUCAUUGCACAAAAAAAAGAGAAAUAGGAAUGUAAAAAUGUCAGAGAGACGAGAUGCAGUCAGACAGUAGUCAAGAUGAUGUGUCUGAAUAAGCUCACACUACGAGUCUUUUCACAAACAAAGUGUCUUGCGAAUAAUAUAUAAAUGCUGUUCUAUUUCUAUGAUAUUAGCUCUGUUCUGUCAAUACAUUUGCCGGUUGAAAGGGGACCAAAAUGUGAGUGGCCAUAUUAGAUUAAAAGUGAUUGUCUCAACAUCAUCGUUACUAAAUGCAUCAUCAACGUCGCUAGUAAAUGCAUCGUUAAGAUCCAUAUCUACACAUACUGUGACAUCAGCCGCCCGUUCCUGUCGUGCAUAUUGUCAAAGUGAUGGAGCUUAAUGUGUUAUGGAGUAAUGUCAUGAGGCUUAGAUUUGUUCCUAAAACGCCAAUCUUGGUUAUUUUAAGAUCUUGGUUGUUGGAGAUCUUGGUUGUUUGAUCAUCUUUGUACAUGUUUCUAACAUGCUGACCACACCGGCCGCGUUGCGUGCGUGAAUGUUGCAAAAUAAAUGUACACAUACAGUACCAGUCAAAAGUUUGGACACACCUACUCAU